UUUUCGUCUGACUGCACUUGUGAUCAUUUUUGCCCUAUUAGUCCCUGCUGCUAUGUCUACUAGGAACAUAGCAGGUCGUCACUCGGCAAAGCGUAGGAUGAUAAUAAGUGGGAGUAGUACCGGCAAAGUGGCUAAUAAUAACAAAGUAGUGCAAGAGAAGUUGUACUGGGAUCAUAGAGAGAGAAGGCAAAUAAUGAAGAGAACUAGGGCGGCUGGUCAGGAUCACAGUACAGUUCAGGUUGCAGGGUCGAGAUUGCCCGAUUGUUCGCAUGCUUGUGGGUCAUGCUCGCCAUGUAGACUAGUGAUGGUGAGCUUCGUUUGUGCUUCUGUGGCCGAGGCUGAGACUUGUCCUAUGGCCUACAAGUGCAUGUGCAGAAACAAGUCAUACCCAGUUCCUUAGCUAGCUAAUUCAUUAUAUUUCAUACUUUCAAAAAAAAA